UCUGAACUGGAGGAGAAGCUGGAAUUGCAGCUGUGAUAGAGAAAUAUAGAAUGUCCUUGGUUGGCAUGUUGAAUGUGCGUCAUUAGGACCAGAUGCCCUUUGGAGAUUCAUAGACUGAUCUUUUGUUGGCUUUUGUGAGGAGGCAGACUGAAGGAAUCUGACAAUGGUUUUUAUCAGCUAGCCUGAUGCCAGUCUGAUCUGCGGCUCUGUGUAACGUAAAUCGGGACGUCAUUCUGCUGCAGAUUUUCACAUCACCGGAGCUCGUUUGAACCGAGACAGUAACUAUAUGGUCGUGAUCCUCUAGGCUACAGCAGCAGUUACAUGGUUAACCGGCGGAGGGUGGCAGUCAUCUUAGUGAUGCCCUAUUGCAGGUAGUAAAGUCUGAUCUACAUCAGUAGCUACAUCUCAAAAAUUAUUAUUAUUUUUUUUAUUCGUAAAUCAGGCCGGUGAAGGUGUGAUCGUAUUUGGUGCGCAUUUUGUGGCUCGUCCUUGAUUGCUGGCACCGUCCGUUCAUCUGAAUGUCAGCGCAUCCUCUGCCCACGGUCCGGAAAGAGAUCAAGUGCGUCCUCAAUCCUCCCCUGCAGUGAAAACGUCCUUUGAUCGAUUUCUACACGAAGAGCCGAAAAUGUCGGGACAGUCUAUCACGGACCGGAUCGCCGCGGCGCAGCACAGUAUGAGCGGCUCAGCCAUCAGCAAAGCCGUGUGCAAGGCCACGACGCACGAAGUCAGCGCGCCCAAGAAGAAGCACCUUGAGUAUCUGAUGCAUUGCACCAAUGAGCUGAGUGUGAAUAUACCUCACUUGGCGGAUACGCUGAUUGAGAGGACGACCAAUCAAAGCUGGGUUGUGGUGUUUAAGACUCUUAUCACCACACAUCAUCUAAUGAUGUAUGGCAAUGAGAGGUUCAUCCAGUAUCUCGCAUCCAGAAGCACACUCUUUAACUUGAAUAAUUUCAUAGAUAAAGGGGCAUUACAAGGUUAUGACAUGUCCACCUACAUCAGACGGUAUAGUAGAUACCUUAAUGAAAGGGCAAUGUCCUACAGGCUGGUAGCAGUGGACUUUACCAAGAUGAAAAGGGGCAUUGAUGGGGUCAUGCGCACCAUGAGCACAGAGAAGCUGAUGAAGACUCUCCCGAUCAUUCAGAACCAGCUGGAUGCCCUUCUGGACUUUGAGGCCAGCUCUAAUGUACUGACCAAUGGUGUGAUCAAUGGUGCCUUCAUGCUGCUCUUCAAGGACUCUAUCCGCGUAUUUGCUGCUUAUAAUGAGGGGGUCAUAAACCUUUUAGAGAAAUAUUUUGAUAUGAAGAAGCAGCAGUGUAAAGAAGCUUUGGAAAUCUACAAGAGGUUUCUAAUCAGGAUGACCAAACUGUCAGAGUUUCUCAAAGUGGCCGAGCAAGUUGGAAUUGAUCAGGUUGACAUCCCAGAUCUCUCACAGGCCCCAAGUAGUUUGUUACAAGCUCUUGAACAACAUCUCGCCUCUCUGGAAGGCAAGAAAAUCAAGGAACUAUCCACCAUCAACAGGGAUGAGAAACAGAAUACUCAGGAUGUAGAGGGCAACAGAUUACAGCCUACAAAGGGAGUACAGCUUAAAGAUAUCGGCAUGCAAACCCCGACAGUGUCUCCCAGCGGGCAGUCUGUGGGCAGUGCCAAUAGCUGCACCAGUAGUGUUGCUACCGAGCUCCUAUCCAGCCCACCAGAUCUACCCAUUACAAACGGUGUUCACAAUUUCACCAGUGAUCAUUUUGACCUGCAACAUAACCUCAACACCCCUGUUCAGUCUACCACCCUACCAGCCUGUAACAAUGGCUGGGGAGGCCCUCUGUUGAAGCCCACAAAUGUUCAUGGCCAAGGCACACAGUUCCACAAUGGAGGAAAGUUACUGACUAAUGACCUGGACUCCUCUUUGGCCAACCUUGUGGGCAAUUUGCACUUUGGAGGACACCUGGCCAAAAAGCCGGAAAUGCAGUGGACCCACCUGGAGAAAAAAAACACAGGAGGAUCUCACUGGCAGUCUAAAGCCAUGAGUGGCACUGCUGCAUGGGGCCAUGCACACCUGGCUCCUGUGCCUAUUCCUGUGCCACAGAUGAAUGGGAUGAUUUAUACUGGCUAUGCACCAGCUCCGGUAGCAUUUCCAAUGACAACCCCCCAAGUGCCUGUAUAUGGGAUGAUUCCUCCUCCCAUGGGCCAGAUGGGUUCAGUGCCCUUGAUGGCACCCCAGCCUGUGAUGUACAACCAGCCCAUGCUUCGCACCACCAACCCUUUCACCCCUGUCCCUGGAGCUCAGAUGCACUUCAUGUAGCACUGAGGAGGAGAGCAUCCGACUGACAGUAGCACCGGAGGAAAACCAUCAACCAACCCAAAACCAAAUAUGACAAAGCAGACAUGAAAAUUGGUUCAGAGACUGACAUGUUCACAUGCCAUUUCCCCCCUUAAGCUGUGUGUUCGUAGUAAAACCUGCCCGACAGUAUCAUAGUCCUGUCAUUUUACAUGUUUAAUUUCUAAGUGUCGAAUCCAGUGUUUCUAGAUGGCCCUCUUAGAUGAUGUCACUGAUCGAUUCAAAUGGAAUGACAGUGUAUAGUGAUUUGCGGUGGAAUGAAACAAUGUCAUGAUGUCAAUCCCCUUGCCCCCAAUCUCCCCAGUUUGGAAAAGUUAUUGUUGUAAUCGUGAGCACUUGAAUCUUCAAUGUUUAUAAUGUCUAAACCAAGCCACGGUUUUGUAUGCACAUUGCCUGAAUAGUGUUUCGACCACUGUCAAUGUUUGAUUGUGCCACUGUUGCUGGCAUCUUGAAUUCUUGAGUCCUGGAGAAAUGUGUACAGGUCACUUUUGUACAUUUGUCGUGUUCCCGAAACAUUUUGGACUUCACCUUACAAGUUGAGCUGUUUCUGUAUACAGUAACUUGUAACAUUUCAUUCAGGUAUGGUUAAGGUAUGGCUGUAUGGAUUAAAAUGAAAUACAGCAG